AUGGAGGUUGCAGAAAUUGGUAGAAAGAAAAGUAACCAAAGUGUUAGACAUCAACAGCAGCCUAGUGAACUCAGGAAGCAACAACACCGAGACGCGAGGUUAAUAGACGAGAAUGAAAAAAUGUUAGAAGAGCUACAACAACAAAUGUUUUACAUUGAACGACAAAUUCCUGAGAAACAGCUUAAUCUUAAAAACGCAAAGUCGAAGGCAGGCGGCACGUUGGACUACGGAUGGAGUUACGGACAAAAAAUGAUGUAUAGCAGUUCUGAAAUGGAUCAAAGAAAGAUGGAGCUCGAAAAGCUAACUUUCUCUCAUGGCGCAUAUCGUGACAAGAAGGCUGUUCUAUAUUUCUCUUCCGGAAGAGAACCAGAAGUUAACAUUCAUAACCUAAAUUACCGGAUGUUGCAUGAAGCACGUAGCAUGGGUGGGGAAAGACGUCUUCUCAAUAUGGCUAAUCCAAAUAAGCAUAGUAACUCUGGUUCUUCUCUCAAAGAACUUGAUCUACAAAUUUGGAGGUUAGGCCAUGCUCUUUUGAUGAAAUGGAGACUUAAUAGCAUAAGCGAUCAAGAUAAAACCAGAAAACAACUACUGGAACUUGUAAUGGAGCGAGAACAAUUAUUUGUCAACGCUCCAAUAAAAGGUUCUCUAUGGAAUUCAUUACCGUCGACGAUGGAUUUACGUAAACAAAUUCAGUCUUUGGAGACAAGUAAAGAGAAAAGGGUAAAAUCAAUUUCAGAGAGAAGAAAAGAGAUAGACUCAAACAAAAGAGGACUGAAAAAGGCGGAGAAUGAGAUUAAGUCUUUGAGGAAAACGAUAGAGAGGAUUCGCCAGAAAAAGCAGAAAGCUUUGCAAACUCUAUCACACCUUAAGGAGUCGUCUUAAUUAAGAACCAGGGUAAAUUGUUAUCUAUAUCGUCACUUCUAAACAUAAUGUUUCUUUGCUUGUUGAUAAACCACUUGUAAACAUAUAGCUUAUAGUAAAAUAGGAAUAUUAUGAUAACUCUGUAAUUUUCAUCAAUAUGUAGAGAGUUUGGAGGGUGUGAA